ACAAAAUACUUUUAUUUUAGAAUUAAUACCCGGCGUUUGGCGACAGCAGAGUGAAAAAUAAAGAAUAAUGGCGUAUUCUGAAUUCUGUACCGUGUAGGAGUGUUGUUUACAAAAAUUUUUAGGCAUGAUUGGUUAAAAUCAUGUGGAACCCAACUAAAAACAAAAAAUUAGGAGUUUGUAUCUACAACUAUGAUGGAAAUACUAAAUGUGGGUUGCCACUUGAAAUUGGAGAAACUGUGCAAAUUUUAGAAGAAUAUGGAGGUUGGUUCAGAGGAUUUUCUGUUCGAAAUAAAAGCUUAAAAGGUAUAUUUCCUGCAUCAUACAUUCACCUGAAAGCUUUCCAUAUUUACAAUGAAGGUUUGUAUGAAACAGUAGUUCCUGUUGAAGAUUCUACAGUUAGGGAAGUUGCAUCAGUUUUAAGAGAAUGGCACUCAAUUUGGAAGCGGCUAUAUGUAAGAAGAGAAGUGUCACUCUUUCAGAGACUUCUAACAGUUAUGAGAGACUUAAUCGAGAAAAGACGCCAGUUAAUUACUGGAACUUUGACUCAAGAUCAGAUACGAGAAUUGAAGUUAAAGAUAACUGGGAAAAUAGACUGGGGUAACAGGCAGCUGGGCUUAGAUCUUGUACCACGUCUUAAUUCUGAAGUUGUAGAUCCAGAUUCUUUAAGCCCCAUUGAAUUACAUCAAGUGCAUGUUCGAAGUGCAGAAAAUGUUGCUGGAUUGGGACGUGGUACAACAAAAAGGAAGGAGUCAAAAAAGUCUCCCAAUUAUCAUCUAUCACUAUGUAUGAGAGAUUUUAGUUGCAGUCUUGGAGAAGACAUGGAACUGUUUUUUUCUCUAUAUGAUGCUCAGCAAACUGAGACAAUUAGUGAAAGAUUUCUUGUUAGGGUUGCGAAAUUUGGAAUGUCUCAUUUUGUUGAAAAGCUUAAUAAUUCUUGUACAAUAUUCACGGAUUUAGGUGUUGCAGAUUUAAAUAGGGAAGUGUAUCUUGUGUGUCACAUUAUAAGGAGCGGCCGAAUGUUGAAUGAUUCAAGAAAAUCUGCUGUUCAUUCUUAUAGGAGGCCUUAUGGCUGUUCAGUUUUGAAUAUUACUGAUAUUUUAUCAGCGAAGAGUGAAAAUGAGGAAGAAAAGGAAUUUACAACCAAAGUAUAUACGUGCAAUGAAAGCGACUUCAGUCAGUUGCACGAAUUUAUCAUAAAAAAACUCAGCAAUAAAUUUAAUGUAGUCUCAGGGCAACAAAACUAUGGAUUAGUUUUAUCUUUAAGGCUUUUUAAUGGUGAGAUCUCACAGUUACAACAAGAAACACCAUUGCUAUUUAAAAAUUUAACAAUCACGCACAAGUUGGGCUUUUCAGAUGUAAUUAUGCCUGGUGAUGUGAGGAAUGACUUGUAUUUGACGUUGGAGAAAGGAGAUUUCGAGAAAGGAGGAAAAUCCACUGGAAAAAAUAUUGAAGCCACAGUUUUCUUGGUAAAUGCUGAAGGGCUUAUUUUAGAGAGGUGUAUAAAUCCAGGUUCUGGUCAUGAAAAUGUUUCAAAGUAUCAUUCGGUAGUUUUAUAUCACAACAACACUCCUCGUUGGUCUGAAAUGAUUAAACUUGCUGUUCCAAUUGAAAGGUUUGAUGGUGCUCAUGUGAGAAUUGAAUAUCGCCAUUGUUCAACUCGGGAUAAAGAUAAGAAACUACUAGGAUUUUCUUUUAUACUAUUGAUGGAUGAUAAAGGAACUAUAUUAAAAAAUGGCAGUCAUGAGCUUUAUGUAUAUAAAUGUGAAGAUGGUCCUAAACUACAAGAUCCCAGAGUUUAUCUUAGUCUUCCUAGUGGUCCCAAAGAUGGUGGAGGAACAACACCAAAUAGCAUCAGUAGCAACGCUCCUGUGCCUCCGUCACCACCUCCAUUCCCAAAUCCAACCACUGGACAGUUUUUUUCCCGUAGUUCACGUGAAACUGUGCAUAUAAAGACCCUCCUUUGUUCCACUAAACUCACUCAAAAUGGUGAUCUUUUAUCUUUAUUAAAAUGGAAGGCUCAUCCAGAGCGAAUUCAAGAUACGCUUCACAAAGUUAUGAAAUUAAAUGGUGAAGAAACUGUUAAGUUUCUUCAAGACAUUCUUGAUGCACUCUUUUCAAUGUUUUCAACUGGUGAUGGAAAUUCUACCUCUAAUUCUGGUUUAGUGUUUAAAGUUCUAGUACACAUCUUAAGUCUGCUAGAAGAUAACAAAUUUGAGCAUUUUAAGCCUGUUAUGGAUGCAUACAUUACUGGACAUUUUGCUGCUGCUCUAGUGUACAAAGGUUUGAUAAGCUGUGUGAAGCAUUGCGCAGAUUUAGUUAGAGAUGCUGAUAAACAAGAUGCAAUUCAGAAGUGUUUCCGUUCAUUGGAAUAUAUUUUUAAAUUUAUUAUACAGUCUAGGAUUUUAUUUGCUAGAGCUACUGGUGAUCAAAGUGAGGAAGCUUUCAAAGCCGAUCUCUAUUCUUUAUUUAAUUCUUUUAACCGCAUGUUAGCCAUUAAUCAUGAUCUCAUUAUUCUUCCUACUCAAAUUGCCUUAGUUUCUAGUUUUGGUCAGAUAUAUGUUCAGCUUUUAAGUGUGUUACCAGUCCAGGAAGUUGCCAAAAUUGUUAAGUUGACCAUAGAUUGUUUACCCACUGAACCAAAUGUUGCUCUUACUCAAGCCAAACUUAGAUGUAUACAUGAUACUGUGAAAAGUGAAAUAUUUCAAAACAUAGAUUCCAGAGUGGAGUUAUUUGAAGUGUUCACGCGGCAUUUAAAAAAGCAUAUGCUACAACAGCAAGAGCUGACAACAUGUGCCACCAUUUUGGGUGACAUGCUUACAUACUUGCAUCAUGAGCAUUCCAAAAAGCAACACUCCUCUAGUCAUGCGGUGAGCCGAGAAGUAGAAAUAUUAGCCCUUGUUUUACUAGAAACAUUAAUCUUUUGUGUUAAGGAUCUCGAUCGCUCAUCAUCAGUGGCUGGACCUCUUGUGGCAUCAUUAGUUGCUCUUUUAAGAUUAAUGGAGGAGCAGCAUUACAAUCAUUUGUGGGAGAAAUUCGGCAAUGUUCGGCAGCGUAGAGAUAGGAGGCAAUUGAAGGAUUUUCUUCUCAGUGUCUUUUUUGUCUUCCAUGAUUUUGUGAAACAAGAUGUUUUUCCCACAGAUUGGGUUAUCAUGAAAAUGCUCACAAAUCAUGUUAUUCUAUGUGCUCUUCAGGAAUUCUCGCAACCUUUAACUGUGGACUUUUUAGAUGGUCUUGACUUUGAUGAACAAUUAUGGAGCAGCUAUUUUUCUCUUGCUGUAGCUUUUUUAACUCAACCAGCCUUACAAUUAGAGACUUUUUCUGAUGUAAAGAAAGAUAAAAUUAUUGAGAAGUAUGGAGAUAUGAGAGUUCUAAUGGGCUUUCAAAUACUAUCCAUGUGGGACAAAUUAGGUGAUCAUAAAAUUUUCUUUAUACCUGCAAUGGUGGGACCAUUCUUAGAAGUGACAUUAGUGCCUGAAAUUGAUUUACGGAAAGCAACUUUACCAAUAUUUUUUGAUAUGAUGGAUUGUGAGCAAAAAGUCCGUGGCAGCUUUAAACAGGUGGAAUCUGAACUCAUCGAUAAGUUAGAUAUUUUAGUCAGUGAGAACAAAGGUGACGAGGAAUACAGGCAACUUUUUAAUACUAUGGAACAUUUAAGUGCUGUACUCCUUGAAAAGGUUCGUACUAAUGAUCCAAUUUGGAAAGAACAUGGAGUUGCCUUUAUUAAUUCCAUUACAAAGCUUCUUGAAAGACUGCUUGAUUAUAGGAAUGUAAUGGAUGGUGAAGAAAAUCGUGACAAACGAAUGAGCUGUACAGUCAAUCUCCUAAAUUUCUACAAAAAUGAGAUCAAUCGUAAAGAAAUGUAUGUGCGCUACAUUUACAAACUUUGUGAGCUUCACUUACCAGCUGAGAAUUAUACAGAAGCUGCUUUCACUUUAAAGCUGCAUGCUGAUCUGCUUAGUUUUUCCAACACAACUCUUCCUGGUGAUCAACGUUACAAUCAACAACCUGAGUGGCAAAGGAGGGAAGCUCUAUAUCAUAAAAUCAUUGAUUACUUUGACAAGGGAAAAUGUUGGGAAGAAGGCAUACCUUUGUGCAAAGAAUUAGCUGAAUUGUAUGAAAAGAAGUUGCUUGACUAUGCAAAAUUAAGUAAUGUUCUGAAAACACAGGCUAAUUUUUUUGACAAUAUACUGAACCAAAUUCGACCAGAGCCAGAAUAUUUUCGAGUUGGAUUUUAUGGAUGUGGAUUUCCUUUGUUUUUAAGGAAUAAGGUGUUUGUGUAUCGAGGGCUAGAAUAUGAAAGAAUAGGAGCAUUUACCCAGCGUUUACAAACAGAAUUUCCCCAAGCUCAAAUUUUGAUGAAAAGUACAACCCCUGAUGACAGCAUUUUAAACUCAGAUGGACAAUAUAUUCAAAUUUGUAAUGUUAAACCCAUACCCAAAACACGUCCUGAAUUUGAAAAUCGAGAUAUUCCUGAGAAAAUCAUCAGCUACUACCUAGUUAAUGAUGUUUCGUCCUUUCAGUUUGAUCGACCAGUACAAAAAGGUCAAAUUGAUAAAGAUAAUGAGUUUAAGAGCUUGUGGAUAGAACGGACAACGUUAACUAUAGCUUCCCAACUCCCUGGAAUAUUAAGAUGGUUUGAAGUUAUCAAUUGGCAUGUGGUGGAACUUUCUCCCAUAACACAUGCAUGUGAGACAGUGGAGCACAUGAACAAAGAGCUACGCAAACUUAUUGCACAGUACACAGCAGAGCCUCGCCGCUCAAUCAGUCCCCUCAGCAUGCGUCUUCAGGGUGUCAUUGAGGCUGCUGUGAAUGGAGGAAUAGCAAAAUAUCAAGAGGCCUUUUUCACUCUUGAGUUCAGCUUACAAAACCCUGAAGAAACUCACAAGAUCAUCAAGCUUAAGUCUCUCAUCCUUGAAAAGGUACAAAUUUUGGAGGGUGGUUUAUCACUUCACGGAAGACUUGCGCCACCUGAAGUGAUACCUUUACAUAGGCGGUUGGUUGACCGUUUCUCUGUGAUGAAACAAUCGAUUAGAGAAGUAGAUUCUCCAAGUUUAGCAUCCAGAUUUACCAUUAACCGAAGAGGGGAUUUGCCACCCACACCCUCUACAGAAAUUCCAGAUUACAGAAAGCCUUCUAUUGUGAAUACUCCUCUUCCUCCAUUGCCAUGUGAUUCCACUAAGAAAAUGGACCCUUGUGGUAGCAAUCGAUCAUCAUCAUCAGGUUCCAGUAUCUAUGGUCACUUCUUUCCUGAAGGUUCAGAUGAAGAAGAAAUAUAUACUCACCCACCCGACAAACCGCAAGAAGUUCCUGUCAACAUACCUCUGUCACCUCUUUCUUCAGUGUUGCAUCCUCCUCCAUUACCUAACAGGCCACGCUCUGUGGCUUUGAACUCUCUUGAACCAAAGAUAUGCAAUGACAAAUCACGCCCUCAAACCUCUCCCAUGAAGGACACUGGGGAAGAUUACUCUCAUCCCAGGGGUUAUCCUUACAAUCGAUUAAUGAGCCCCAACAUCCCUUUGAAGUGGUUGAAUACUCCUGAUGGGAUGGGUGACAAAUCAUUAACUAGUCCAAGCAAUAGUCCCAAAGGAUCUGAAAGAAACAGCUGGUCUGAACAGAGUCUUCUACCAGAAGAAGCUCCUCCCCUGCCUCCAAGAGGUAAUGAGAAAAGAAUGGUUACUUCUUGGACAGGAGUACCCCCUUCUGAGGAUUCCAAACCUGCUCUUCCACGUAGACUAACUAAAAAAAGCUCAAUGCCUGCAAUGGCCAAUCAAUCCAAAGAAUUACAACAGUUCACUAUUAUGACAGAUUCACCUGAUUCUCAGUCAACUCCUGUUAUUUCAACGCCUAGUCCUAUUACAGAAUCUGCUCUUCCUCUUUUAAACGAGCCUACACCACCUCCUAUUCCCAACAAGAAGUCAGUCGUAGCUGUCGGUAAUAGUAACAGCAAUCCAACUUCACUUACCACAUCACCUAAUCAAUCACCUGUCAGGACGCCGGAGUCAAUGAUUAGAUCCCAGUCAAUACCAACUGGCGUCAUGCCUCUAAUUCCACAAGAAGGCGGUAUUGACCUUGAAGAUGAACUCAAUGGCGAUAGAGACGAGUCCUCCAGUGUCUGAUAGACACAAGUUACAAAAUUUUAACUUAAUCUCC